UCCUGGGGAGCCAAGUAAACAAAAGGGGGACCCCAGCUUCUGACAUGGCUUCCCCUUGCUCUGGGGACCUCAGCCCCACUGGUCUGCCCCCACCCGCUAUUACCACUCCAGGUCCCGCUGCGCCCCCCGCACCGCGCUUCCCCGACAUCUACGGCGGCGACGCGCAGCUCUGGGAGGCGCAUUUCCGCGGCAUCGGGCGCGCCUACCGCGCGCUGGGCAAGGAGGACGACUUCGCCAUCCGCGUGCUCACGGAGGACUUCACCCUGCCCUUCCCGUUCGCCUGGCCGCCGGGGCCCGAUCCGGCCACCGGGCCGCUCUUCUACGACCCGCGGGACCGCGCGGGCUUCGACUUUCUGCUGCGCGGCCCCGGUGCGCCGCCCCCCGCGCUGCUGCGACCCCUGCACGCCACGGCGCAGGCGGCCGAGCGCAAGCGACGUCUGGAGCGCCUGGCGCUGAGCUACGCCGGUGCGGGCCGCCCCCCUGGCUUGGUGCUGCUGGCGCCUGCUGGCGCCUUCCCACCCGAGGCUGGCUGUCCUGCUUGGCGCGCCCUCGGCCGCGACAGCGAAUAAAGCCUCUGCCUCUGGUGUCGCCUUGCCCUGCACCUUGCACCAAGGAAGCCGGGGAAGGGGCGUGCGGGACAAGAUGCCUGCACGAACUCAACCAUCUAGUGAGUCUGCGAGCCAGAUGGAAAAGGUGACCCAGGCAGGCUGCGAAAGGGAGAAGAGCCGGGGAAGGUGGAAGAUCAGGCCCUCCACCCCUGUGUUGGCACUCCCAUGCAGCACCAGGAUGGGUAGUUAUGACCUCACCUGGCAGAUAGGAAGGCGAGGCCAGCCUGGCCUCCAAGGAGUAGCUG